AUGGUAGCUCGCCCGGCUACUUGGGCGAAUCCCUAUCCUCCUUCUCACAAUUACAAUAAUCUUAAUCAGACCUACCCUCAUCCUCAGCAUCCUCUUGCUUCGUCUCUGCCCUCUUCGGCUCGUGCACCGGCUCCCUCGUCGUCCAUGGUCUCCGCGACCCACGAUGAGCCUCACCUCCUACAGCCAUUACCACCACCGCCCCCACCACAUCAACACCAUCAUCACCAACAACAACAACAACAACAACAACAACAACAACAACAACAACAGCAAUCGUCUGUUGGGGAAUCGACUCAUCAAGAUAAAGGAAAGACGGCUGUGACCAAGGUUCGUAAGCCUCGCAAGGUGAACAAUGCUUCCACCGGACGAUCCACCCUUUUCUGGGUUCAUACCGACCCCCAGUCGGUGUCGGAAGGGACGCGCGAGGAAACCCUGAAGCGCAUCCGAUCCCACGUCAUGUCAGAGCACAAUCGCAAGAAGAGACUGGAGAACACAAAACGUUAUAAGAGCAAGGCGUGGAAACACCUCGCCUUCCAGCCCGUCGAGACUACCGCGUCGACGGCCGCCGCUGGGAGUUCUUCCCUAACUUCUUCCACGCGUCCCACUCAGGAGCCGCCGUCCAAGUCCUCACGAUUGCAUCCCAAUCGUCCUGACUCUGCCGAGCCUUCGGACUCGCCGUCUCCUGGACAGCUUCCGUUGGAAGAAAACGAAGGGCCCUCGGUGACGGAAACCACUAACUACCCGCCAGUUUCCGCCGCCAAUGUGGAUGGCUACGCAAAGGAGACCGCGCCUCAGAGCCAGGCCAUCGCCCCUAUCCAAACUUCUUCCCCUUGGGCAUUUCUUGGACCCGGCAUGAAAGAUCCCUUUGAUACGGGCCAUACACAGCUUUCGGGCCGCAUGUAUCAGCACCUCCAACACUUUUUAUGUGAUUUGACCCGAUUGGCAUACCCGUUACAGCGCCGUUAUGGAGCAAAACUUGAAGCUCACUGGUCCACGCUGGUCCGGCAGUGUCCCGCCUGCCUGCAAGCUUCUAUCUGUGUCGCUGCCACCAAUUCAGCCUUGACGUCGGGAGAAUUACCCUUGACAGACCCUUCUAGGCAGAAAUCUAGCCUCUUGCUUCUCGACACGUUCCGUCACCGGGGAGAAACGAUUCGGUUGGUUAACGGGGGACUAUCGGAUCCAACCAAGGCAACCAGCGAUGAACUGAUUGCGGCGAUUUCUAUCUUAAUGACGAUCGAGAUUGCGUCCGGAAAUCCCGACUAUCUUAAAAUCCAUCUGGCGGGGCUCCGGCAAAUUGUCGCGAUGAGAAAUAGUUUUGCGGAUGUCCCUGAUGAUGUUCGGUUUCAAAUCUCGUGGACGGAUAUCCGUGUCGCUUGCAUGUCCUUGACCAAGCCGAUCUUUCCCUUCGUUCGCCACUCCCAUCCUGAGAAUUUUACGAUUACUCCCCCCAGCACCGAUUUGGAGGCCACCGCUUCCGGGUUGGUUGCCUUAGUUGAGAUACCCGGCAUCUUUAGCGAUGCCAUACGGAAAAUAAUGUAUGACCUCGCGGGUCUUCUGUGGUAUGCGGAAUGGAUCAAGAGCAGUCCGAAGUAUCAGGAAUUCGAUGAACAGACCGAACGCUAUUAUAAUACCGAGGUUUUGUACGUUGAAUACGCGCUGCAUAGCGACCGCUACACUGCGACGGGCGAGCCCAAAGGCGACGCGACGAUUGAAGGCUGUGUGCGCCUGGCGUGCUUGUUAUUCCACAACACUACAAUCUGGGACUUUUACCCGCAGAUUGCACCGGUGUUCCCGAAGCCUAUUAUUGCGCUGCAGAUGGCGCUGGAAACCACCAUCCGAGCAGGUCGCUACCACCUCUGCCGCGAUCUGCUCAUUUGGUUGCUCUUUGUGGGGGCGUGCAGCUCCCGCAUCCUCGUCGCCCAACGCACCUUUUUUGUGAAUGAGCUUGCGUCUGCGGUGCGUCUUCAGGGCGUGGGGUCGUGGCAGGAGCUUCGCGCCUUACUGUUCCGGUACUUCUACGUGGACCGAUGCUAUCUGGGGCCGCUACGCGAGCUCUGGGAUGAGAUACAGACGACGCCGGUGAUUAACAGUGUAUAA